AUGGGCAAAAUGGGGUCACCAACAACCCUUUUAGUGACUGCUCUCAUAGUAGCACUAGUCUCUCUAAGCUUCCCAUCAGAAACCAGUGCUAACUACGCCUACACAUCUCCACCACCUCCCAAGAAAUACCACCCAGUGCCGGUUUCUCCUCCUUACCACUACAAAUCACCACCACCACCUACACCGGUGUACAAGUAUAAGUCACCACCACCUCCUCACCACGAGAAGCCUUACCACCCACCUACCCCGGUGUACAAGUACAAGUCUCCACCACCACCCACCCCGGUGUACAAGUACAAGUCACCACCACCUCCUCAUCACGAGAAGCCUUACCACCCACCCACCCCGGUGUACAAGUACAAGUCUCCACCACCACCAACCCCGGUGUACAAGUACAAAUCUCCACCACCACCUCAUCACGAGAAGCCCUACCACCCACCCACCCCAGUGUACAAGUACAAGUCACCACCACCACCCCAUCACGAGAAGCCUUACCACCCACCCACCCCGGUGUACAAGUACAAGUCUCCACCACCUCCCACCCCAGUUUACAAAUAUAAGUCUCCACCACCACCCACUCCAGUAUACAAGUACAAAUCACCACCACCACCCACCCCAGUAUACAAGUAUAAGUCACCACCACCACCCACCCCAGUGUACAAGUAUAAGUCUCCACCACCACCUCACCACGAGAAGCCAUACCACCCACCUACCCCAGUGUACAAAUACAAGUCUCCACCACCUCCCACCCCAGUUUACAAGUACAAGUCUCCACCACCACCUCACCACGAGAAGCCAUACCACCCACCCACCCCAGUGUACAAGUACAAGUCUCCACCACCACCCACCCCAGUGUACAAAUACAAGUCUCCACCACCACCUCACCACGAGAAGCCAUACCACCCACCCACCCCAGUAUACAAGUACAAGUCUCCACCACCACCCACCCCAGUGUACAAGUAUAAGUCACCACCACCACCUCAUCACGAGAAGCCAUACCACCCACCUACCCCAGUUUACAAAUACAAGUCUCCACCACCACCACAUCACGAGAAGCCAUACCACCCACCCACCCCAGUGUACAAGUACAAGUCACCACCACCACCCACCCCAGUGUACAAGUACAAGUCUCCACCACCACCCACCCCAGUGUACAAGUAUAAGUCACCACCACCACCUCAUCACGAGAAGCCAUACCACCCACCUACCCCAGUGUACAAAUACAAGUCUCCACCACCACCACAUCACGAGAAGCCAUACCACCCACCCACCCCAGUGUACAAGUAUAAGUCACCACCACCACCCACCCCAGUUUACAAGUACAAGUCACCACCACCACCCCAUCACGAGAAGCCUUACCACCCACCCACCCCAGUUUACAAGUACAAGUCUCCACCACCACCUACUCCAGUCUACAAGUACAAGUCUCCUCCUCCUCCUCACCACCACUACGUCUACGCAUCACCCCCUCCUCCUCCUCACUACUAGACGAUAUGGGGUUUGACGUAACCAGUCGGAAAGAGCAAAAAUAAAGGAAGGAGAUGAUAAAGAUCCUCUCUCUCUCUCUCUCACUCAAUAUCGAUAUCAUAUAUAGAAAAGCGAGUCUCCGCGUUUCAUAUGAAGAAAAAGAUGAAAAAAUAAAGUGUGUUUCGAAGAAGAAUAUUUGAAAGCCAAUCUUUUUAAUGUAUUAUUAUUAUUGUUAUUAUUAUUCGACGACAGUUGUAGUGCACUUUGAUAAUAAUUUGAUAUUUGUUUUUCCUUUUCCUUAUAUAUUGUGUUGUACAACCUUUUAGCCAACGCGGAGGUUGAUCAAUCAUAAUAAUAAAAUAAACUCAUUUUUCGA